UGUAUAUAUGUAUUUUCUGGAAGAGAAACAAUAAUAUUCCCAGAAAUUUCGGGUUACGUGUCGCUUUAUUUGUAAAUGGAUUUUUCAGAGUUUGAUUGUUGAAGAAGUUUUGUGUCUAUUAUUGAUUUUUACUUGAGAAAAACUCGAACGCUCUGUUUUUUUUUGUUUUCUCGAGAAAAUUAUCAGACUCAGAGAAAAUUAAAAACACAGAAGAAAGAUGAGAAGCGGUGCUAGUGGAAACAACGUUUUCGAUACUAUAAACGCAGCUGCUUCAGCUAUUGCUUCCUCUGAUGAUCGUCUUCAUCAAUCUUCUCCGAUUCCGAAGAAACGAAAAUGGUGGAAUCGAUGGAGUCUGUUGAAAUGUUUCAGAUCUUCAAGACAAAGGAAACGAAUAGGAAACUCGGUUCUUGUUCCUGAACCGGUAUCAACAUCUUCAAUUUCAACAUCAAAUUCCGGUUAUCGUUCGGUUAUCACAACACUUCCUUUUAUAGCUCCACCUUCAUCUCCAGCUUCAUUUUUCCAAUCAGAACCUCCUUCUGCUACACAAUCACCUGUAGGAAUCCUCUCUUUUAGUCCUUUACCUUGUAAUAACCGUCCUUCGAUAUUCGCCAUUGGACCUUACGCUCAUGAAACUCAAUUAGUAUCGCCUCCGGUUUUCUCUACUUACACUACUGAACCAUCUUCAGCUCCAAUCACACCUCCUCUUGAUGAAUCAUCUAUCUACUUAACUACCACAACACCUUCUUCACCGGAAGUUCCUUUCGCGCAGCUCUUUAACUCGAACCAUCAAACCGGUAGCUAUGGUCAUAAGUUCCCAAUGUCGUCUAGUUAUGAGUUUCAGUUUUACCAACUUCCUCCUGGUAGUCCACUUGGUCAGCUUAUUUCCCCGAGCUCGGUUGUAUCCGGUUCUGGUCCAACUUCUCCUUUUCCCGAUGGAGAAACCGCGCUGUUCCCUCACUUUCAAGUCUCUGAUCCUCCAAAGCUGUUGAGUCCUGGUAAAUUGCAAUGUCCAAAGACUGGUGUUACAACUCCUUCUAGAGAGCAGAAGAUUGUGAGACCGCAUAAACCGGUUUCAUUCGAUCUUGACGCGGAUCAUGUCAUUAGAUGCGUGGAUCAGAAGCUAAGAACAACGUUCCCUGAAGCAUCAUCAAAUCCAGAAUCAAUGAAUCAUUCGUCUCUCGGGUCGAAUAAGGAAUUCAAUUUCGGCACGGAUGAGAAACAUUUGACCGUUGAUGAACAAAGAGCUUCACCGAAGAAUAGCAAUGAUUGGUCUUUCUUCCCUGUGAUGCAGUCAGGUACACUUAGCUAACCUUCACCAGAAGAUUUAGUUAUAUAGAAAUCUGAAAUUUAGAAAUCGAUUCGGACAACGAUCUUGUUCAAGAUUCAAGAACGAAAAGUAGCUAAGAUUGAUCUUAUUAUAUAGUUUUCUUUUGAAUUACACAAUGAUGAUGUUCUCUAUAUAGAAUUUUUAGAUGAUUCUGUUCAGGAUCUUAGGGAUAUUAUCUUGUCUCUCUUUUGGUUUUGUAAUAAAUAUUUGGCACCGUUGGUUGUUGUAUAUGACUUGUCUCUAUGUAAUUUUUGAUUUUGUGCAUACACAUUUGACCGCAUUUGUAAAUAAAAUUUAAUUAGUUUC